UUGUUCAUCACUAUUCCCCCGACUCUAGUCAGUGGGGUAGUGAGCAUUUUCCAUAAAGAGCAUCUGAUAUUACUAUGGAAUAUAUAAAUCAUCAAGUGGCCAGAAGUGUUGCCUCAAAGAGGCACACUGGAGAAGACAGCGCAGCAGUGACUCCUGUUAUGUCAGGAAGAAAACUGUACAAACUGGUUGGUGUGAGCUUUGGACUCCUGUGCAUCCUCCAAGCUGCUCUCAACAUUUCCCUGCGUCAUGCUCUCUGCACCUCUGAUAAUAAACCAUCAGGUAUUGAGGCCGGCUGCAAGAACCUGACCGAAGAGCUUGAUUACCUGAAGAGAAAACUGAAAAACUUUGAUCACAAUUUUCAACAAGGAUGGGUGUAUUUCUAUCCCAGUUUCUAUUACAUUUCUUCUACGAAGAAAUCCUGGCACGACAGUAGAGAUGACUGUCUGCAGAGAGGGGCAGACCUGGUGAUUAUCAACAGCAAAGAAGAACAGGACUUUACAAGAAAAUUUCAUAAGACCACGUGGAUUGGACUGAGUGACAGAGAGACUGAAGGAAUAUGGAAGUGGGUGGACGGCACUCCGAUGACCAAAAGCUACUGGGCCCGCGGGGAGCCCAACAGUUAUGAAGGCAAAAAUGAAGACUGUGUAGAAAUUAGGUACCCUGAUGAGGAAAAAAACUGGAAUGACAUACCAUGUGAAGAUCAAAGAUUCUGGAUCUGUGAAAAGACAACGGCUCUGUGAAUCAGCAUGUAAAACCAAAACUGAAAUUCUCUUCAUGUUCAAUCUGAAUCUGUUCAAAUUCACAUUUCACACACAAUAUAUUCUAUUUAACAAUCCUGUGUCUCUGUAGUUGAGUUGGAUCAGUUGGAUUUUGGAGAGGACCGAUGUAAUGAUGCAAUGGCUUAAUUACACAGCAUGUAUACUUUAGGUUAUGGAGGUGGACACCAGCUGUAUUAGACUGAUGAAUUACUCUGGCUUAUUUGUUUGUUCAGUGUUACUGCAAAGUGACAGAUUAACCUAAACUGGACCAAUGUCUUAAUGGGGAUACUGAGCUAAAUAUUGUGAAAAAUAACUGAGAAUAGAGCUGGCAGUGACAUUUUUUGACAGAUUCUGAAGAGUAAUUAAUUCACAUAUUAUCAUCUACAUAUUCUUACUGUCCAUGUCUAAUGAUGAAACCAUUUUCUUUAAAUGUGAGUGAGAUGGUUGCUUGUCAAAAUGCCAGGGCUAUAGAGGUGAAAUACUGUACUUAUCAUUGGAUGGCUUUAAUUGCUGCCAUCACCUCUGCCACAACAAAUGGCUUGUCAGGUUCUGCAACUUGUACUGAAUAAACUUACUAUCUAUCCGACAAGGUACCAUGGAAUACUUCAUGUGUGAUGUGGGUACUGUAUGUCUACAAGAAUAUCGGGGCACUUUUUUAUUCAAAU